AUAACUAACCAAAUUCCCCCGCAAAACAGUUACUAACUGAUUUCUUUCUUCCUCAGUUUUCCCUCCCUUUCCUUUUCCUCUCCUCCCCUUCUCUCUCUAGAAAAUAAAAACAAAAAAACAACAGAGAGAAAGGGAGGAUUCUAGAGAGAGAAACAAAACCUUGACUCCAUUUUUUUUCUUCUUGCAGUAUUGAACAAGAUUUUCUUUUCAUUAAGAAGCUCUUCUGAUCGAUAAUCAUGGAUUAUAAUUCCGUCAGGUGAACCGGAAUUCACCAUGUUCAUGAGUAAAUUCCGUGUUAUUAUAAUUAUUAUUGUUAUUAUUCUUCAACAUUUUCAUUAUGCGUUGGCUUCAGAACAUUUCGUUUUCUAGUAAUAAUAACAGUAGUAAUAAUAAUAAUAAUAAUAAUCAAAAUUCGUCGUCGUCUUCGUCGCCGUCGUCGCCAAAACAUGCUCUGUCGUCGUCAGUAGAUUCUAAUUUUUCUUCCAGCAAAGGUCAUCAUCAUCAGCAACACCGGAGUUAUUUACGACGCGGUGCCCUAGCUUUUCGGUUCGGCAACGCGGCUACUAGACACACGCGUCAAAAGAAUAUCCGUUAUUUAACUGAAAAUGACGUGUCCGCGACGGAGAAACAACAACAAAAACAAAACCAACAGCAGCAGCAGCAGCAACAAUCUUCCUCCGUUUCUACCGCCGUGAAAUCGUCGUCGUCGGCGGUUACUUCAGCUGAUCAGGUGAUUCAGCUGUCGCGGUCGCCGAGUUGUUCUUCAUCCGUUGUGCCUCCUCGAUUGUCGUGUUCGGUUCCUGUUCCUUUGCCGCUACCGUUGCCUAUGCAUUCGGCGUUAAAUGGCGACGGUGACAUGAGAUUUCCGUCGCCUAAAGAGAAGGAUAAAGAUAAGGACAAGGAAAAAGAUAAAGAGAAGGAUCGUGACGGUGUUAGUUUACGAGACAGAAAUAAAGAAAAAAAUAAUGACGUCGUUAACGGAGAUGGAGUACCUUCAACAAUUUCUCCGAUCGACAGUCUAUUUGCCGGUCGAGAACGGAGGAAGAUGGUGGAUCCUCUAGAUAUAAGAUCACCAAGGAAGGUGCAUCCGGAUUUUUGCGGGGAUAAUUAUUAUGGAGAUAACUUCAAGAUGAAUGCUCCUACGAGGAGCGCGCCUACUAGUCCGUUUUCAAGUCCUAUAGUUAGCCCUCAGAGAUUAGCUACUGCAGCUGAUUUGCUGCCUUAUUAUCAGAUGAUGGCUAAGAAUCAAGUAUGGUCUGCGCCAGAAAUGGCGAUGUUGGACAUCCCCGGGCUUCCUCCUCCAGCUUUCUUUGAUUACACCGCGUUUAGUACUGAUACGUCUCCACUUCAUAGCCCGCCAAGUAUAAGUCCUCGCAGGAACAAUCCAAAAAGUCCAACUGCUGCAUCACCAUUGAAUGCCAAAUUAUCCAUUGACACUACUUCGACAGCAGGGCGUGAAAGUAAUGCUAAUCUUGAAGUUCACCCAUUACCGCUGCCUCCGGGAGCUUCCAGGUCUUCAGUAUCAUCGUCUGUUCCCCAAAUUAUUCCUAAAGCAGAGUCCUUUCCCAUGAAAAGCCAGUGGCAGAAGGGAAAGCUCAUUGGACGUGGUACUUUUGGCAGUGUUUACGUUGCCAGCAAUAGGGAAACUGGAGCAUUAUGCGCAAUGAAGGAAGUUAACAUAUUUCCAGAGGACCCAAAGUCUGCAGAAUCUAUAAAGCAAUUAGAACAGGAAAUUAAAGUUCUUAGCCAGCUGAAGCAUCCGAACAUUGUUCAGUAUUACGGUAGUGAAAUAGUUGAAGACCACUUCUAUAUAUAUCUAGAGUAUGUUCAUCCUGGUUCAAUCAAUAAGUAUGCCCGUGAACAUUGUGGAGCCAUAACAGAAAAUGUUGUUCGUAGUUUUACUCGCCAUAUUCUAUCUGGGUUAGCCUACUUGCAUAGCAUGAAAACAAUACAUAGAGACAUAAAAGGGGCCAAUUUGCUUGUUGAUGCAUCCGGAGUUGUUAAGCUUGCUGAUUUUGGGAUGUCAAAACAUCUUACUGGACAAGCAGCUGAACUUUCUUUGAAGGGAAGUCCAUACUGGAUGGCUCCUGAGCUUAUGCAAGCUGUAAUGCAGAAGGAUACUAGUUCAGAUCUUGCACUUGCUGUUGACAUUUGGAGUCUGGGCUGUACUAUUAUUGAAAUGUUCACAGGAAAACCUCCUUGGAGUGACUAUGAAGGGGCUGCAGCCAUGUUUAAAGUUCUUAAGGAUAUCCCCCCAAUACCUGAAACAUUAUCAUCUGAUGGUAAGGAUUUUCUGCGUUGCUGCUUCCGUCGAAAUCCUGCAGACAGGCCAUCGGCAAGCAUGCUACUAGAACAUCGUUGGUUGAGAAACUUACAACAAUUAGAUUUUCCAUCUUCUACUCUGUCAAACAACGGAAUAAAAUUUGUGGAUUUAUCACAUAGUCCACAUCCGUCAGAAAUUAAGUUCGAUCAGAUGUCAAUACUACCUAGCUCACAAAAUGCAAAGGGGAAGGUGACUUCCGACAGCGAGAAUGCCAAACGAUGUUAUCACGAAACUUCCAACUUAACGGUUAUGGUAGCAGCCCCUUGUUAUUCUCCCCGUUCUAUUCUCGAGGUUCAUCCCGUUUCAUCUCCUCCAGGUCAUAGCAUAACAUCUUCAUCUAUACCAAUCCUAAGUAAGCCUGGUGCUAAAAAUAAACGUAAUACCUGACGGAAUUAACUAGAAGAACCUCGAACUCCGCUUGUAUUCUUCAGCUUUAUCGAAGAAAAAUGAGUUAAUUCACCAUAUAUAGGCAAGUAGAUACCCGGCGGCUAUAGGAGGUUGAAUCCUUGUCAUAAGAAUGACUUCUGAAGUUAAGAAAAGAGAAAUUAAUACAUUCUGAAGCAGAGACUACAGAAGCAGGUUUUGUAUAUUAUUUAUAUACUAAUUUAGAGCUUCAGAAAUCACGGAAGUUCCUUUGUAUGUGUAAAAAAAAUAUCCAAGAUUUUAUUCUUGCCUCCAUCUUUAUGGAGUCGAAAAAUGUAUUUGUAGAUUUUAGAAAAACUAAAAAAAAAAAAGACUCAAAAAUCACAGAUAUAUACAUACUUAAGAGAAGUUCCAUUUAGGUUCUAUAGUUUAUACUUUGAAAUUGGCAUUUACAGUAA